ACUACACCUCCCGCCAUGCACUGCGCUCCCCAGCCGGCCCUAUGGGGGCGCGGACUGCAUUUCCCAGAAGGCCGCGUUAGGGAGUUUCCGGUGUGGGCGGUGGCGGACUCCGUUUCCCGUGGUGCCGCGCGGCGGCGCGGGGGGAGGGGGCGCUUCCGGCGGGGCGGGGCGGAGGGGAGCGGAGCGGAGCGGGGGUUGGCGGCGGCCGCGGCGCUCGGCGGGGCCGGUUCGGGGGCUGCUGCUGUGUCCUUGUGCGCCGGCCGCCGCCAUGUCGGCCCUGGAGAAGCAGCUGCACCUGGGACGCCUCCCGCCGCGGCCCCCUUUGCCCGGCGGCGGCGGCCAGUCCGGCUCCAAGAUGCGCAUGGGGUUACAGAACUGCGUGGACCUUUGCUGUCUCUCAUUACAUCAGUUCUUGUGGUCCUAGAAGAUACGCAAUCCCCUGGAAGGAAGCGUGAUUUUUCCCCGGUGCUUUGGAACCAAUAUUUUGAAUCUAUGGAAGACGUCGUGGUAGAAAAUGAAACCGGCAAGGAUACUUUUCGAAUUUACAAAAGCGGAUCGGAGGGGCCUGUCUUGCUGCUGCUACAUGGUGGAGGCCAUUCUGCUCUUUCCUGGGCUGUGUUUACUUCUGCAAUCAUUAACCGGAUUCAGUGUAGGAUUGUGGCUUUAGAUCUCCGAGGCCAUGGAGAAACAAAAGUUAGGAAUCCUGAGGAUCUUUCUGCAGAAACUAUGUCAAAAGACGUUGGGAACGUGGUGGAAGCUCUGUACGGGGACCUCCCUCCCCCUAUCAUGCUGAUCGGGCACAGCAUGGGUGGUGCCAUUGCAGUGCACACGGCAGCAGCAAAUUUGGUGCCAAGUUUACUGGGUCUGUGCAUGAUAGAUGUAGUGGAAGGUACAGCCAUGGAUGCAUUGAACAGCAUGCAGAACUUCUUAAGGAGUCGUCCCAAAACAUUCAAGUCACUUGAGAACGCAAUUGAGUGGAGUGUAAAAAGUGGACAAAUAAGAAAUCUUGAAUCUGCAAGAGUUUCUAUGGUCGGUCAAGUCAAACAGUGUGAAGGGGCUGCCAGUCCUGAAUGUCCUAAAGCCAUAGUGGAGGGCAUUAUUGAAGAGGAAGAGGAGGAAGAUGAUGAUGAUGAAGGGGGAGGCUCUGUCAACAAAAGGAAGAAAGAAGAUGACACAGAGACAAAGAAGGAGCACCUAUACACGUGGCGAAUUGAACUGGCGAAAACAGAAAAGUACUGGGAUGGCUGGUUCAGGGGUUUAUCUAACCUCUUCCUAAGCUGUCCAACUCCAAAGCUGUUGCUUUUAGCUGGUGUUGACAGGCUGGAUAAAGAUCUAACAAUUGGACAGAUGCAAGGGAAGUUUCAGAUGCAAGUCCUCCCGCAGUGUGGCCAUGCGGUCCAUGAAGAUGCUCCAGACAAGGUGGCUGAAGCUGUUGCGACGUUCCUGAUCCGUCACAGGUUUACAGAGCCCAUCGGUGGAUUCCAGUGUGUGUUUCCUGCUUGUUAAUACCCUGGUGUUCUCGUUAAUACCCUGGUGUUCUUCAGCACUGAGUCCCAUUGUAAAUAAACUGCACCAGAGGCCACUGUGAUGUAUCCAUAUCCUUUCAUCUCUCCAGUUCAGCAGCAAUGAGAAGUUGGUGUGAGAUUCAUCCCCUAGAACUAGUUCUCCAGGAUGUGUAAAUGGUUAGGGACUUCCUUGCUGGGAAGCAGCUUACAUUGAAGACCAUGCAAAGCUCUCCAGACCUGUGGAAGCGGGCUCCUCUCUGCUGCCGCAAGGAAAGACCUCCUGAAAUCCCGAGUAGUCAAUCAUACCGAUCUCCAUGAAUUCUCAGGCUUUCUUGGACCCAACUGCAAAGGGGCUGUUGGCAGUCCAGAUCCACAGAGGGCAUUGCAGCAAAUCCAAAGGCUUCAGGAUUUGUCCACGGAAUCGUCUAAUCGUCUUUGAAAUGCCCCUUAGGUUUGUUUUUUAUAUACAUAUUCCUUUCCCCUCAAGCAGACGAGGAAUCGGCUUCAUUGGGAGCUCAGGGUUCAUCUCACCAAAGCCAGCCUUAGGGGUCAAGCUGUGGGACGAGCCUAGAUGCUACUUUCCUGUUCGAAUUUGGACAGGAGUGCGAAACAAAACGGUGGGAGGGGGGACCGUGAGCACCGUUUCAGAGUCUUGCAGCCUUCUCAACAUUCGUUUCAGGUACUCAGUGAGAAAUGUAGCCUCAGUAACUCAAUCUACUGCAGACACGUAGCGGGCAGGGGCUCUGGCCUGCAGUCACAGGGAAGACCCGAGAGCAGCGGUAACGGUGUGAGCAGCAGGCUGUUUGCCUGCUUGGCCCUUCUCUGCCUCUGGAAUGGGUUUAUACUUCCCUUCUUGUUGCUGCUACAUUCAGCUGAGCGGAGACCAGCACCUCUUGGAUGGAAAGAUGCAAAAAUGUGCAGCAGAUAAAAUAUUGGAAGAGCUCGGAGUCGGUGCCGUUAACGUUGGCACAGGGGUGUAGGCAGCUGCUUGCUCCCCCCAGUAUUGAAGGAAAGACCUUGUUUUCACUGACGCUUCCUUGACUUUUCACUGACACUUCUAGAUGUUUCACUGACUGCCUUCCAUGUCGCCAUGUAAAAGCAGUAGUUACACAGAGAGCUUUUCUUCAGGGUUAAUUGUCCUUAGGCGGUUCGUCAGGUUGCUUUCACUUCUCCUAAAAAUCACUUGAGCGUAAGAGCAGACACGUUUUGGAGCUGUUUUCCUCAGUAUGUUGCUGAUGGUCUUCUGAAAUCUCUCUCUUUUUUUAAUUAUUAUUUUUUUCUGCCUUGCAUUCAUAACCCUCUCGUGCUGUAUGAUGAAAGCAGCGUUUUUAACGCUGGUUUGCUGAAGCAUAGGUCUGUUCCUGGCCUGAUCCCGGGAGAUGCAGUGGGUGGCUGUAAAUAUGUCCUGUGCCAAGAGCCAUAAUGAAUUCUUUGCAUUUGUGAGGUGCAGGUGGGGGAAGAGGGAGCGCUGCGAAGAGCUGGUCAAGGCCAGCUGAACGCCGGGAUUUAUCCCAACAGAGAGCCGCUGUUCUCUUCGGAUUCGUUCGCACGUGAGCCCGGGACGGAGCAAGCCGUGGCCUUACUCCGUGUCCCUUCCCUGACACAUCGGGGCAGGAAAUGCCUGAAUUGGAAACGAGAAAGCCUAAUUCACGAGCUCCGCUUUUCCCUGGCACUUAGGCCGUUGGCACUCGGGGGUUGAAAGAGCAAUUUCUGGCUCCUGGCGUUUUUCUCCGUAAGUCACCACGUUAAUUAUUGUAUUAGUCUACCGUGACCUCGGUAACGUCCAUCCUGGUUCUAGCCGCGAAUUCAUUAAAUGGUCCAAAGCCGCUGAGUUCGGAGCUUUAAUUUUGGAGAAAUACAACUUUGUCCAGACGCGUCCUGAAGGUUGGCGAGACUCUCGGUCCUUUCCAGACCUGUGGCUAAAUCAUUAGAAACUAAGAGCGUAGCGCGGCCCCGGGGUCUCAUUUCGUGGGGUGCUUAGGCAUGCGCCUGCCGUCAGACUCGUGAACGAUCCCGGUGAAGUCGCAUUCCUCCAUGCGCUCGAGUAACCCGGAGGAUCUGGCUUCGAGUGGCUCGAUGAGGUAACUCCUUGCCUUUUUGCUUGCUUUUAACUCUUUCGGAGAUCUUUUUGCAAAGGCUCCGUGGAAAGCGAAAGCGAGCCGCUGUUUUGUGCUCUGUGGAGGGGCCGCUUGGGAGCUGAGCGGCUGUUUCCGAGUGCCGUGGGCUCCCCAAAAUUGCAUUUUGCUGUUCGCAUUGGAGAAAUGAGUGAAAGAAUUAGGAUUUCACUCCUGCUGCAAUUUCUCCUCCCUUUCCAGGGAGGAAGGAGCUGCAGGCAGAGAUGAGUUGCACUUGGGUGAAGGAUAGCGCAGGCCAACGGCAGGAGUAACCGCAGAGACAAAUACUCUUUUUUUGACUCAUUUGAAAUUGGGAAAUCCAGAAAAUCCCCCUUCAAGUCCCAGCUUUUCACCGCGUUUUUUCCACAGCCUUCAGCUUUUUACUGUUUCUAGGUAAAAGCAGCUACGUGGGAAGAGGGUGUCUGAGUUCAAAGGAUGCCGGUUUUACACCAGAGCUCUUGGUUACUUAGAAAUCCCGCUUGCCUUCGUUCCAGUCCUUGGAUCGAGGAUCAGCGGAAACUUGCACAAUGGAAAAUCCCGCGGCUUGGCAGGAGCUGCAGUUUGGGAGGUUGGUUUGUUGGGGGGGAGCGACGCGGCCGUGGGCCGUUUUUGCCUUUGGGCUUGGCUGACCCCCAAAAAGCCCGUUCCAGCCCCGCUUUCCGGGGCUCCGCGCUGGUGACGACGAAGUCGCCCCGUCUGACGGCAGGUUGACGCCGAAACCGAGCUCGGGGAGCGCUCGGAGCCGUCGUGUCCGAGAGACGUGGGCUGGCAACAGCCUCCGGCGUGGACGCUCUCCCUCCUUUCUGCUGGUGUUUUCCGAAGGCAAACGCGUGUGUCCGUCUGUCCAUCCCCCCGCCGGAGCCUCAGCCCCUUCGCAUGUCGCCCGCCGUCCCUCCCUCUUGCCUCCCACCAAUAAAGCAUUUGUGCAAAGCC